AUGUCCGAACAUCAACAUGCCUCUGUCAGUGUUGACAAGCAUCCUGUCUCCGAUACUAUCUCCGAGCAACCAGCGGCCCCUCAGAGCCAAACGUCCUUAGACGAAGUCGAAGACCACAGCGUGGCCAACAUCGAACGAAUCUACAGAAAACUGGACCGUCGCAUCAUCUCCGCAUUCUGGGUCCUCUACUUCCUCUGUUCAGCCAUCCGCUCGAACGUAGGCCUAGCACAGACAAUGAACACAGACACCGGCCACGACCUGGCAAGCGUGCUCAAUAUAUCCCGACACCAGAUCUCAACCGCUCUAGCCCUCUUCUACGUGUGUUAUGUGAUCUUCGAUCUCCCCCUCAAACCUAAUCAUGACCCGUUUAAGCCCCCACGUCUGGAUGAGCCGCAUCGUGAUCAGCGUGGGCUUAAUCGGCAGUUGUCUCGCCGCAAUGAAGGCAGCAUGGAUCUUCUCCGCCUCCUCCUCGGUAUCGUCACAGCGGGCAUGUGGCCCGGUAUGACAUAUUAUCUAACCCUCUUUUACCCGCCCUCCCGUAUCGGUAAAAGGAUUGGCCAGUACUUCACAGCCUCCCAAGUCUCCGCCGCAGUCGUCGGCCUCGUCUCCGCCGGCUUCCAAAAAAUGGACGGCGCCCACGGCCUCGUCGGCUUCCAAUGGAUGUUCCUAAUCUACGGAGUCAUCACUGUAGCCCUGGGCUUCACCCUGUUAUGGUGGUUACCAGACAGACCGACGCCGCCAGGCGAACCCGCGCCGAAACGCGCUCGGAUGAUGCGCUGGGUGCCUGCCACCCCGCCCGCGCUGAAGGGAGCCGAUGCCGUCGUGCAUUAUCAUGACCUGAAGCGUGUUUAUCACUCGACUGCAUGGACGCUGCGGGAUCUGCUUGCGGUGUUUUUGGACUGGAGACUUUAUCCGUUGUUGGUCAUGUAUUUUGGUGUUGUGGGUGUUGGGAUUGGCGUGCAAUUGUAUGCGAACUUGAUCAUCAAGGCUAUUGAUCCGACUUUGAGUGAUGUUUCUUUGAGUUUGUUGACGGCUCCGAUUUGGAUUAUGGACCUAAUCGCCAUCCUCCUCAUAACCCCCCUCUCAGACCGCUUCCACCGCCACCGCGCAAUCUUCUUCUCAAUCCCCGUCCUCCUCCAAAUCCUCGGCCUCCUCCUAACAAGCUACGCUGGCACAGACGCAAACCCCUGGCCCCGCUACGGCGGUCUUCUAAUCGUCGGAUUCGGACUCGGCCCAACAGUCCCAAUAACAAUGACCUGGACAACGGAAAUAUUCCAGCCCCGACACGGCGAGCUGGGCGUAGCUGCUGCGUCGGCCGUUGUCUCCGGACUCGGUAAUCUGGGCAGUAUCCUCACGACGUAUGCGCUGUAUUCCGGGUGGGAGAGUGACUACGAGGCCCCGGGCCGCGAGAAAUACAGGAAGAGUAACCUUGUCAUGAUCGGGAUUCUGGCGGCGAGUAUUCUCUCUGCUGCGCUUAUGGAGGGUAUGUUAAGAUUCGUUGAUGGACGGUAUUCGGGAGAUGAUGAGGCGGUUGACGGGGCUGCGAGACGGGAGGUGCGGCAGCGUGGGCUGCAUGGGUUGGGGGCUGGUGUUACGCGUUGGUUGAAACGUGGGAAGUUGGCUUCUGCGUAG